AUGCUUUCCAUCGAACAAAUCCGCAGCGAUGCCGAAGCUGUCCGCGCCGCGCUGAUCCGCCGCGCCGAGGAUGACGAUUGCCUGGACGAAAUCCUGGCCUUGGACGCCAGCCGGCGCGCCGCCAUCACCGAUGGUGACGAGCUCCGCGCCCGCCGCAACGCGGUGUCCCGCGAAAUCGGCCAGGCCCGUUCGCAGAGCGGACCGCCUGACGAAGCGAUCGUGGCCGAAAUGCGCGACGUCGGCCGCCGCAUCAGCGAGCUUGAAGAUCUCGUGCGCGAUCUGGACGCCCGGAUCAACGACGCCAUGCUGGCCCUGCCCAACCUGCCGCACACGAGCACACCGGAAGGCCUGGACGAAACCUGCAACGUGGUGCUGCGGCACUGGGGCGAUCCGACCGAACUGGAUUUUGAAGCCCAACCACACUGGGAUCUGGCGGAGAACCUGGGGAUCAUCGACUUCCAGCGCGGCGUCAAGCUCUCCGGCAGCCGUUUUUACACUCUGCACGGCUACGGCGCCCGGCUGGAGCGGGCCAUCAUCUCCUGGAUGCUGGACCUCCACGGCGGCGAGCACGGCUAUACGGAAGUCGCGCUGCCCAUCCUGGUGCGUCGCGAGAUUAUGGAAGGCUCCGGAAACCUGCCCCUCUUCGCGGACAACCUUUACCACGACGAGGAGGAUGACCUCUGGCUGAUCCCCACCGCGGAGGUGCCUGUCACCAACCUGCAUCGGGAUGAAAUUCUCUCUUCCGACGAACUGCCCCUGUGUUACGUGGCGCACACUCCCUGCUUCCGCCGUGAAAAGGCGGCCGCGGGUAGGGACACCCGUGGCAUCAAGCGCGUCCACCAGUUCAACAAGGUGGAGAUGUACAAGUUUGUCGAGCCCGACACUUCUUUCGACGAACUCGAAGCCUUGCUGGGAAACGCCGAGACGGUGUGCCAACGUCUCGACCUGCCCUACCGCAUCCUGCAACUGUGCGCCGGCGACAUUUCCUUCCCGUCCGCCAAAUCCUAUGACAUCGAGGUGUGGGCCGCCGGAUCACAGGAAUGGCUGGAAGUGUCAUCCUGCUCCAAUUGCACCGACUUCCAGGCCCGUCGCGCCAACGUUCGCUAUCGCCCGGCAGUUGGGGAACGCCCUCGGUUCGUGCAUACCCUGAACGGAUCGGGACUGGCCCUGCCGCGUGUGAUCAUCGCCAUCCUGGAGAAUAACCAACAGCCCGACGGCUCGGUGGUUAUCCCUGAGGUCCUGCGCCCCUACACCGGCUUCGACACGAUUCCGGCCAAGUAG